AUGACCAAGUACCAAAUCGACGUGGUGUCCGACACAGUGUGCCCGUGGUGCUACGUUGGGAAGAAUAGACUGGACAAGGCUAUCGAGCAGCACAAGAAGACUAACCCGGACGACACUUUCGAAACGACAUGGUAUCCUUUCUAUCUUAACCCGGAUGCUCCGAAAUCGGUCGACAAGCAUGAGUACUACGAGCGCAAGUUUGGUCCGCAGAGGACGCAAAUGAUGCAAGGUCACCUCUUCCGUCUAGGGAAACAAGUCGGCAUCGACUUCAAUUUCGGCGGCAAGACUGGCAACACCCGCGACAGCCAUCGCCUCAUCCAGCUCGCCAAGACGAAGGGAGAGGGUAUGCAGACGAAGGUUGUUGAGCAGUUGUUCAACUCCUAUUUCGAGGUCAACGAAGACAUCACGGACCGCGAGGUACUAGUUAAGCGCGGUGUUGCUGCCGGACUUGAUGAAGCGGAAGUUCGGGAGUGGAUGGAUGGUGACAAUGGCGGUCCGGAAGUUGAUAAGGAGGUCAUAGGAGCGCAAAAGAAGUCUAUUAGUGGAGUGCCGAACUUUACAUUAAAUGGAAAGUACGAGGUUCAGGGCGCGGAGGAACCGCAGGCAUUCCUUCAGGUCUUCGACGAGAUCAAGUCCGAUGCCAGGGUCGGUGGAGUGACCGGGGGCGACAACACCUGCUAA